CAGAGCCCAGAGCAGCGAGAAGGGACGCCAGCGCUGCCCCCAGGACGUCUCGUGUAUCCCUCUUUCACCGGGCUAGGAAGCCACGCGUCAACUCUCCCUGAUAAAAAUGUCGAAAAGGUCCGUUGAUGCCCGACAGACUUCAAAAGCUUUUCAAUGUGGUCCAGGAGGGGGCAAAGAAGGACCUAGUAUCAGUUUGGAUGAGCACCAAAUUGUUAACGGGAUUUUAGAAAAACAACUAAAAAUUUGUGGCUAUAGGAAUGAUAAAGAAGUCACAGAUCUGUACCUUGGAGAAAAUGGAUUAAAAGAUGUUCCUCAUUUAUCACGGUUCCGGAAAUUGAAAAAUUUGUGGCUAAACCAUAAUAAGAUUCAGUAUAUAACAUUCGUGAAAAAUAACUGUUGCUUGACAGAAUUAUAUCUUCAUAAUAAUGAUAUCAGGAAUAUAACAGGUGCUCUGAAAAAUUUACACUCACUGCAGAUCUUGCUGCUUCACAACAAUCAGCUAAAAAAUUUGGAUAUGACUAUAAAAGAACUACAAGGAUUGCGAACUUUACAUACCUUAAACCUGUUUAACAAUCCUCUGUCACAAGAAUGCAGAUAUCGCCUAUAUGUAAUAUAUCACAUUCCCUCAGUAAUUUUGCUCGACAGAAAAGAAAUAACUAGAAAAGAAAGAGAAUCAGCUCUGCACAUCUACAAUCAUGAGAAGACUCUUGUCCUUCAGUCCAUAGGAUUUGGAAAGAGAGUAGAUAUACCUUUGUUGCCAAAGGCAGCAUUCGGGCUGGCACCCACAAAAGUGUUGCGCUUGCCUUCAGGUUGCGAGUUUGGAAAUCACUUAGUUAAAAUACCAUUUGCAAAUCCAGAAGAUGCUGUUUUUGUGCGGGCAAUGAAGCGUGGCAUGAUGGAAUUUUCAACUGUCGAUUGGGGGAAAAUGCCCACCUGUGAAGAAAAACGCCUUGGCAGCAAUCCAGAGAAAAGGCCAGAAAAACUGACCAUUAGAUUCAGAUAAGAGCCUGUUUCCUACAGAAAACUAUCUCUAAGAGCUUCUUUUGAAUUAUAUUCCUAUUAAAUGUUCUAAUUGUCAAUUGAAGAUAUUUUAAGAGAGAAAAUAUUAUUUAUUGUUUUAAUAUUGAAUGUGGAGCACUUUUUAAAAUAAGUGUGAUUCAAGAAUUCAGUGGCCAGAGCAAUAACAUUACAAUACUGAAAUAGAUCAGCCUUUGAGUUUCAAGGUAUUUUUUGAAAAGAAUUGGAAUAUUUUGAAAUAAUGGAGGUUUAAAUACCAAUUUUUGCCACCCAACUAUAGCACAUAAGGAUUAUAUUACAAUUAUAUUACUUGAAAUAUCUUCAAAGAUAUGCGAUGACUAUUAAAAUGUCUCAGUCCUUAUUGCCUUCUAUGUUAAGAAAUACUGUGAAUGGGUAGGGGAAACAGUCUGUAUGAGAUUAGUUAUUUCAUCCCAUAAGGCCUAUCGUAGUAGUUAAAUAAGUGUCAAUAUCUUUAUUUAUAGGACCAUUGAAGUGAGUCUAACUAUAGUAGUCAAAUUUCAUUUGCAUCCACAAGUUGUAAAUAAUGCAAUAAGCUAAAAAAAUUAUCUGGCAUUAAUUUUUAAAAAGUCUACAUAUAUGGCUCUCUGAACAUUACUGAACUCCAGGGCCAACUGUCUCAGCUAAUAUAUCUACCAGUGAGACAACUUAGCAACUUCUGGAUAGCCCUGAAUAUCUGCCAUAAAUUACUCACAGCCACCCAGCCUAACCAGUAUCAUAUUGUUUUCUUUGUAACAAACCCUAAGUAAAUUUUAUUUUAUAGAUUAGUUAAAGGCUAAACUAUGAUUUUCUUUACAAAUAUUUUAGGUGCAGUCUUUACCAUAGAUGCAUUUAUUUUGCUAAUUUAGAAUGACAUCUAUUAGGCAUUCCAAUUGGGUAGCAAAUAAACAGUCUAUCAAAUUAAAACAGACUGGUAUGUCUUACAUAAAAUUUCUCCUAUUAUAAUAUUAACUUUUGGAAGCAAAUAUUCAAUCUGACAAUGUUUUGCGUGGAUUUAAAAAAUUAUGGAAAUUAGUUAGAAUACUGAACUGUUUAAAGGACUGCCCUACUUAUUCUGUAAAAAUAGUGAGUCCAGAACAAUUCGGUUUGUCUUGAUAUUGGAUUGCUUAUAAAAUACUUUGUUUUGUGUAUAUUCCUAGUACAGUCUUCCCAAGUUCAGUAUUUUGCAUUUCAUACAGAAAUGAGAGAAAAAGUAUUGUUUGUUAGUUUGGAAAUUAGCUGCAAAUUAAUAUAGAAAAUAAAAGUAGAUGCAACAAUAUUCUGAGCUCUCUAAUUUUUUUCCCCGUAAGAAAUCUUAAAAGUUAUCUGUUAUAUCCUUAAAAAUGUAUAGGAGGUAGGGAGAAAGUAUUGUUAAUAAGAUUUUCCUAUGGUUUGUAGAGGUAGUUCCUCAAGAUACAAAGGUCACUUAACAGCUGUUGGAUAUUACAACAGAACCCCCAAAACUUACAUAUGACCCUGUUUCAAAGUUACAGCUGCUGCAGUGCCUCCUCUCCUUUCCCCCACCUUUCAUCUCACCAUCCCCAUACCACUUGGGCCUGCUCCUUACAUUUCUGUCACACAUUCCACAUUUAUCUUUUGAAGAUUUCUGGACAUCAUAUUACAGAAGGACACACCAUGUGACCUUGGACCAUGCAGCGGUGAUCCAUAUGCAACCAUUUUGUUCCACCCACUUGUGGCAGGGCAAAAUGGCAGUCAAGGGACAAAUCGGUUUUGUUGCCUUAAAACUGCACAGUGAUGCAGAAACUUUCUGCAACGCUAGGCAGACCUCAUUAGGUAGCAAAGCAGAAUGCUUUGUCCUGUGGCUGCAUGGUGCAUUUCCGAAAGCGGUAGCUAAUUCUGGCCCAGAGGUUUCUGAAUGAUGGUGCAAACUACAUUGUCCCUCGCCCAUAUGGCACUAUUCCAGAAGUGGCUGCCAAAUACCCAGCGGUUGAACUGCAUUCUGAUAGCUAUAAAUAUUUCUGCCACUUAUAGAAUUGUGCCACAUGGCAUGAUGAAGAGAUCUGUUCCAUCACUCUAGGAGACCUUGAACUUUCAAACAGUAAGUGAAGAGAGUGUUUAGUUCAGUGGCAUGGGAAUCAGGCCUAAGGCCUAGGGCAGUGGUGGCGAACCUAUGGCACAGGUGCCAGAGGCGACACUCGGAGCCCUCUCUGUGGGCACAUGCACCGUUUCCCCAUCCCUACCUCCUCCCACAGCCCCCU